GCCAAUGGCGAUCUCCAAGCUCAUGGCAUUGCUCUUCGCUUUCACGGCUGUGGCAGCGACGCUGCCGCCGUCCGAAGCGAGGGUGCAGGGGUUCACCACCACAACCGCGAACCAAGAAGAAGCAGAUCCUUCGUCCAAGGCCGCCGCCCAGGCCGGAGGCACCCCCGGCUUCUCCCUCCCGCUGCCUCAGAUCCCCGGCCUUCCGCCGUUGUUCGACGGCUUUCCCUUCCCGCCAUUGCCACAGAUCCCCGGGCUCCCACCGUUGUUCGGGCCGCUCCCCGGCGCGCCAGGCGCUCCACCAGCUCAAGGCCUGCCCGGCCUCCCACACUUCCCGCGCAGCGCUGGCUCUGCUGCCGCCCCAUCGCCGCCACCGCCCGCGGAGUGCCUGACGCCAUUGAUGCAGAUGGCGCCAUGCGUGGACUACCUCACCAACAUCACCGUCGUCACGCUCCCGGCCACGUGCUGCGACGGCCUCAAGUCGGUCAUCAGCGGCGCGCCCAUCUGCCUCUGUCACGGCAUGAACGGCGGCAUGAGCAAGCUCUUCCCGAGGCCCAUCGAUCCGAUCCGGAUGCUCAUCCUGCCGCUCGGGUGCGGCGCCAUGCUGCCACUAGGGACGCUUCUCACGUGCUCCGCUCAACCCCUGCCGCCGCUGGCGCCCCCUACUUCUCCCGUGUCUCCGGCGCCUGCUGGUUCUCCCGUGUCAGCACCUACAGAGGCUUCACCAUAA